AUGUGCUCAGAAUCGAGCCCCAGAAGUUCCCUCACCAAGAAAAUAGAUGGAAUUUUCAUCAGUGAUGAGUCAGAAGAGUCGGUUUCGCCACCGGCCAAGACUUUCGCCGAGGAGGACUUUGUAGAAGAAAGGAAUAUCUACGGAAUGAGCCGUGAAAUAGGCAAGGUAAAACUGAGAGAUUCCAGCACUGAAAGGAAACCACCGAUCGAUAACAGCACCCUGCAAAAACUCGUGAAUCCGAACUUCAUCUUCCGUGAGUGCUGCGAGCAACGAGGACUGCCAGAUGCAUGUCUCAACAAGUGCCACUUCAACACCUACACAAGGGAUGCG